AUGGAUGCCGUUGGAAUCGAAACCAUCAGUGAUGAAGUUCUAGCCCUAGUUACUGAUCACAGGCCCGGACCGAGUGUCAAGAGGUCGCUCUUCGUUCCGAAUGUGAUUUUAUCCUUUGUUGGAAAGGUGCCAUUGCCGAAGGUAACUUUGCGUGUGAAAUUACCGCACAGGCCCCCCGGUAUUGAUGUUUGCGUGAUUGUAAAAGAUUUGAAGGCGACUGAUUAUAAUGCCAGUAACGAUAUAUGGAAACGUAAAUGGCAGGCCAGUGGAGAGAAAUGUUCCUCUGCUACACUCACCUUUCUGCCAUUAAGAGAACUGAAACUGUGCUAUCAGUCAUAUGAGUCCCGUAGGAAGCUUGCGGCCACUUUCGAUAUUUUUCUUGCCGAUGACCGAAUAGUCCAUCAUCUAUCGACGAACUUGGGCAAAGCUUUCUAUGGUAAUGCGCGUGAUAAAGUGCCAAUACCCGUUGCGCUUGACAAGAAAGGUCUGGUUAAGGCCAUUGAUGAGGGUCUUCACUCCUGCUUAGUCCUGGUCAGAGGCAGAGGCACUACCGACUCCGUUGUCAUUGGCAAUACAAGUAUGUCGAGGGAAUGCAUCAAGGAGAACAUCGUAUCAGUGAUUCGCGGCGUCAUGGGGAAAUGGCCCGGAGGAUUGAAAACCCUCCGUUCAAUUUAUAUUCGUGGUGCUGGACCUAGUGUACCUCUGUAUUUUGACAAUACAGACAUAGACAUGGACGCGUCCAAGACUGGGCUCUGCAAAGCUAGCGUGCAGGAUUCGGUGUCAAUGCAUCCUCAACUCAUUCUUCCCACUCGAACCCUCCUAGAAGUGGCAAGAAGCCUCCCCAUUACAGAGGAUCGGGUGAGAAGCAUAUUAACGAAGACGCAACGGCAAAACAAGAGGCCACUCAGAAGCAUGCAAGCAAGCAAGCACGAGAGGACAAGACGCUUAUUGAACACAAAAAAAGCAUUGCAAUAA